UAUCCUUUUCAAUGCUCCGUUCAUCGUCAUUGAGAUGGAAUAUUUUUAAAUACCCUGGGCGGAAAUCAUUGGAUGAAAUUGUGAAACUUAGUCUAUUUGAAGCGGAAAAUGUGCAACAAGUCGCCAAGAUUUGGAAUUUCCAUCAUUCACAGUAUGUGCAGUACUGGGGCCGAGUCAUCACGAGUGCAGCUUAUUAUGCUUUGGAGCCUCGACUUCGGCAGAACCCGUACUUUGUGAUUCCUGUUUUUCGUGAGAAAGGCCUCUUUAACGUGGUCACAAACUUCAAAGACGAUCUUGUUGGUGUCGCGCCUCUAGGUGAGUGGCAAACAAAGCAAGACAACACCCAGAUUCACAUGACAAUUCAGUUUUUCACGGAGUUGGCGCACACCAAGAAUAUUGUAUUAGUACGCUGUGAAAUCAAGGACACAGUGUUUGUGCGUACAGAUUGCAUAUUCUUGACUCAGAUGCUCUUGAAAUACUACACCCUUCCAAGUCUAUAUGAGACUUGGGUAGAAACCUUUAACAAGCACCCCAACCGGUUUGACUACCACGCCUAUCUGCGCGCCAUGAAAGAAGAGGCUCACAAAGAUAAUAUCAAAAUUAUGGACAAGAAAACAGCUUUAACUUAUGACGCUUACGGGCCAACAAUAGACAUUCCACCCGAUGCUAUAGCCUCUAAAAUCCUCGCUGAGAGUCAAAAAAAUAAGUAACAAACCAUAGAAACGAAAGGGGAAGUGGGAAGGGGGAGUAAAUGGACAAGUGCUAAGAGAGGUCGGAUUACCAGUAAUUAUACCUCAGCUCAGUUUUUUUUUCAUAAGACAACGUAAAGAAGGUAUCCUGAUUCUCCAUUUUCGGUUUGCUUUUCUUUUACACAUUAGUUUAUAUUGCCUUUCAGAUUCCUCUGAUGAGCUUGAGUGGUAUUUUGCUUGAGAUAUUCAGCAUGUGAGUGGCGUAAACACACCGACGAGGACUCAAAACUACCCAAUAAAGAGACUGAAUCCUUUCACAUUCCUUAUUGAAAGGAAGUCAUUU